AUGUCCUCCGACGACUCGAUUCUGGCUGCGUCCCAGAAGCACCCGACAAAGCCCGGCCAUGUCUUCAAGUACGGCACCGCGGGCUUCCGCAUGAACUCGGACCUGCUCGACGGCGUCACGUUCCGCGUUGGACUGCUCGCCGGCCUGCGCAGCCGCAAGCUCAACGGCCAGGCCAUCGGCGUCAUGAUCACCGCCAGCCACAACCCGCCCGCCGACAACGGCGUCAAGAUUGUCGACCCCAUGGGCGAGAUGCUCGAGCAGGAGUGGGAGGUCUAUGCCACCAAGCUGGUGAACUGCGCCGACGACGCCGCCCUCGUCGAGUACUACCACCAGCUGGCCGCCACGCUCAAGGUCGACCUGUCCACGCCCGGCAAGGUGGUGUUCGGCCGCGACACGCGCCCCUCGGGCCACACGCUGGCCAUUGCCGUGGCCGAUGCGCUGGCCGCCACGGGCAUCGAGGGCGUCGACUACAAGAUCCUGACGACGCCGCAGCUGCACUACCUGACGCGCUGCACCAACACCGAGGGCACGCCUCUUGCCUACGGCAAGGUCAGCGAGGCCGGCUACUACGAGAAGCUGAGCGACGCCUUUGUGCGCGCCCUGCGCGGCCGCAAGGUGGCCGGCGCGCUGGUCGUCGACUGCGCCAACGGCGUCGGCGGGCCCAAGCUGCACGAGUUCCUCAAGUUCCUGCCCAAGGACAAGGUCGACUUCGACGUCAAGGUGGUCAACGACGACGUGCUGCGGCCCGAGAUCCUGAACCUCGACUGCGGCGCCGACUUUGUCAAGACCAAGCAGCGGGCCCCGCCCCACCCGCAGCCCCAGCCGGGCCUGCGCAGCUGCUCGUUCGACGGCGACGCCGACCGUCUGAUCUACUACUGGGUCGACCCGGACACGGGCUUCUUCAUGCUGGACGGCGACCGCAUCUCGUCGCUGGCCGCCUCGUUCAUCUCGGACCUCGUGCGCGCCGCCGACCUCGAGAAGGACCUGCGCAUCGGCGUCGUCCAGACCGCCUACGCCAACGGCGCCUCGACCAACUACAUCACCCAGCACCUGCGUCUGCCCGUCGUGUGCACGCCCACGGGCGUCAAGCACCUGCACCACGCCGCCAACCGCUUUGACGUGGGCGUCUACUUUGAGGCCAACGGCCACGGCACCGUGCUGUUCUCGGCCGACGCCGUGCAGGCGUUCAAGACCAAGGAGCCGCAGUCGCCGGCCCAGAAGGAGGCCCUCGACACCCUGGCGGCCGUCAGCGACCUCAUCAACCAGACCGUCGGCGAUGCCCUGUCGGACAUGCUCCUGGUCGAGGUCAUUCUGGCCCACAAGGUCUGGAGCCUGCGCGACUGGGCCCUCACGUACAACGACCUGCCCAACCGCCUGGUGCGCGUCGAGGUCGCCGACAAGGACCUGUUCCAGACCACCGAUGCCGAGCGCCGCCUGAGCCACCCGGCCGGCAUCCAGGACGAGAUUGACCAGUGCGUCAAAAAGUACACGAAUGCGCGGUCGUUUGCGCGCGCGUCCGGCACCGAGAACGCCUGCCGCGUGUACGCCGAGGCGGCCACGCGCGUCGAGGCCGACGAGCUGGCCAAGCAGGUCGCGCGCCUGCUGUCGCACUACGGCGGCGGGAACUAG